AUGAAUAAAUAUACUCAUUUCGAAGAUUUAUCAAAUGAGAUUUUCUUUGAAAUAUUUGAUUAUUUACAUGCAUUAGAUAUUUUUACUUCUUUUACUUCAUUAAAUAAACGAAUAUCAUCUAUAUUACAAUUGAUUCCACUUCGUAUUAUUAUUUCACAUAAUCAUUGUCGUCAACAAAUAAAUUAUCUUUCUUCAUAUCUUACAUAUCAUGAUCAUCAAGUUAUAUCAAUAAAUAUUGAUAAUAUUUGUGAUAAUUCAUCUGUUAUUAAUUUAUUAUUUAAUCGACAUAAUUUUAUUAAUCUUCAAUCAUGUAUAUUUAUUUCAAUUAAUCCAUCAACAAUACUUGAAAAUGUUAUUAAAAAAAUAGAAAAUCUCAAGAAACUUUCAUUAUUCUGUUUUCAUGAUUUAAAUGAUAAUAAUAUAAAUAAAAAUGAUAAAUAUAAUUUAACUCAAACAAUAUUAAUGCACAAAUCAUCUUCUCUUCGUUCAAUUGUACUUAAAUAUCGUUAUGAUUAUUUAGAUAUAUCUAAUUAUACUUCAAUACCUUCGAAUCUUCUAUCACUUAGUUUAUAUAUAUCUGGUUCACGUUCAACUGUAUCUGUUUAUUCAAUUUUACCAAUUCUUCGUUUUUGUCAUAAAUUACGAUAUCUACAAAUAUCAAUAGAACAAACACAUCUAAUUGAAAAUAAUAAUAUCAAUAUUUCAAUUCCAACACUAUCGAUCAAUAAUAAUGAUCUUCCUAUAUUAACACAAUUGAUAUCUUUCAAUUUAGAAAUUUAUGCUAUAUGUGAUAGUCGUUCAAUUUCUUAUAUUUUACGUUGUAUGCCUAAUCUUAUUCGAUUUCAUUUUAUUCUUGCUAUAAGAAAAUCAGAAUGGUUCUAUGCUGGUGAAUUACUUGAUGGUUAUCUAUGGGAACAAAUGUUCGAACUUUAUGUACCAUGUUUAUCAAAAUUUGAUUUUCAUAUGUCAAUAUUUAAACCAUUACCGAAAUUAAAUUUAGAUAUGAUUGUUAAUUCAUUUGAAUAUUUUGUUGAAAAAUAUUCUAAUUGGCAUAUGAUUAUUGAUCAAUGGACAACUAAUCGGAAACAUCGAGAAGAAUUUGUAAUGUUGCGUACAUUAAAUUAUGAGAAACGACAAUCAAUAGUAAAUGUAAAUAUUCCUUUUAUUUAUUGGGAUUCAUUUAAAACACGAUCAACAUUACCAGAUGAUCAUUAUUGUUUUUAUAAAAAUGAAACACAUUUGAAUAUAUAUAUGACAUGGGAUACACCUAUUAUUACUUGGUCUUAUCCUUUAUUUUCACAAGUCACUUAUCUAUGCAUAGAUAUGCCAAAAAAAUGUCCAUCAUUAUGGAAAAAUUUCUUAGAUAUUAUUAAUCAUCAUCAUACAGAUGAUGAUGACAAUGAUGAUGAUGAUGAUAUUAAUGAUGCAGAAGACAAUGUUAUUUCCCUUUCAUAUUUUGUUCAUUUGUCCAAUAUAACUAAUAUAGAAUUUACACCAAACUUUCAUAUAUCUCGAUGGAAAGAUAUUCAAUUUAUUCUACAAUCGUGUCCAAAUUUAAUUGAUCUUAAAAUUAAUGUUCAAUUAUUAAUUUCUUCGAAAUUAUUCAAUAAUCCAUCUCUUAUUUCAAUUUUCAAACAAAUUAAAAUACUUAAAUUAAUAACAGAAAAAAUUUAUUUUCCUUCAAAUUCUGCAAUAAAAUUUGUUCGACGUUUUCCAUCACUUACUCAUAUUGAACUUAAAGUAUUUUCAUUUGAUAAUUGUGUAUCUACUAUUGAUAUAUUUCUUAAUUAUCUACAAUAUUUGUCUUAUACUAAAAUUAAUUAUGAUCAAAUUACAUUACUUGAUGAUCCAUUUUCACGUGAUUAUAUUAUUGAAAAACGCUAUCAACUAUUUCCCAAUACUAUUUUUGAUGAAACUAUAGUCAAUGUUAAAAAUAAUGAUGAAUCUGUGGAAAUCUGGUUAUCAUAA